AUGAUUGGAGGCGUGGUGAGGAUAGGGAAAGCGGUAGAGAGAGCUACCAAGAACGAGCUAGAGACGGAGGCAGAGAACGGGAUGACCAUGACAGCUACCGCGGUGCACGCGAUAAUAAUCAGCAUGGACAUAGAGGCGAGAACAGGAGAGGGACACCCGAGUAUGGAGAUUACAGAGGUCCCUCUGAAGCCACCUCGGGAAGGCAGGAGAGCAUGUAUCCGAAUCGAAGAAACAGAGAUGACGACUACCCACCCAGAGGUGGGGGUGGGUCUGACUGGUUAG